UUAGUGUCCACAGGAGUGGUUCAACCUCAGAUAAGCUGUAUUCAUGGUCUAAAACAUACCGGAAGCAGACUGCAAUGCGGGGCGUGUCGGCUCCACUUUACUAAUUUCAAAGGACUGGACCAGCACUCUGAAGUUGCAAGUGUGAUACUCUUGCUACAGCGGGUGGUGGUGGUCUGAGUGACAUUUCAUUAACCCUGUAAAAGUUAAUUUUGGCACAUACUGGCUCAAGAAAAUGAUAUAAAAAUAUGAGAAAGUUGCCUAAUAUGGCUUUAAGACGAUCACCACGUUGUUAGAAUACAGUCAUCAGGGUGCAUCUAAUUGCCAAAAGUAUUUUUAAUUACAUGUGUUUAGGCUUCGACCAGGUCAGACGUUCCCAGCUUAUCCUUCCUGAUCACGGAAACUGGUGGUACAAACUAAACAAAUCCUUCCUGUCAUUUAGGAAGCUCUUUGAAACCUUCAUCAAGAGUUGCCUUUCCUGGGUAAACAUUGCCUGUGACUGAAACUGGAUGCAGAUUAAGGCAAAGAAGGAAUUUCCUUUAACUGGAACCACCCUCCAAAUUUGAAGUCAUGACAAACCUCAAUCACAUUUGGAACAGAGUAGAAGAAUUAUCAGGCUGCUUACUUUUAAUUGUUUUUGUUCUAAAUCUUCGGGUUUAUUCCAUGGCUUGUUAAGGAAGGAUGUUUGUGUUAACACAUAGGGGGGAAAGUGGAAUCAGGCUGGACUGGUUUGUUAUCCACUGGCUUGAAUAAGGUACUGUGGCAUUUUAUCUCUGGAACACAUCCUAGCAGCUUGUAGGUCAAUUCUCACCGAGACCGUAAACCGUAGACCAGCCUUUGACCCGCAGAUUGGUUUCACUUGGGAGUCACGACUUGGAUGUGACGUCUUGGAUUCUUUUUAAAUCAGAUUUCAGACCUGAGCGGUGUAGGUGAAGACAUUUUCAAAUCUCAGCUGAUUCAUAUCUGAGGAAGCUAGUCAUGGGUGAGUGGGGAUUCCUCAGCAGCCUUUUCGAUAACCUCCAGGCUCAUUCACCGAUGCUCGGUCGCUUCUGGCUCCUGCUCAUGCUGGUUUUUCGGAUGCUGAUCCUGGGAACCGUUGCCAGUGACUUGUUCGAGGACGAACAAGAAGAGUUUACCUGCAACACUCUCCAGCCAGGCUGUAAGCAGGUGUGUUACGACAUGGCUUUCCCCAUCUCCCAGUACAGGUUCUGGGUGUUUCACAUUGUUCUCAUUGCUACACCGUCCCUGCUUUUCCUCUUGUAUGCCACGCAUCAUCACAACAAGAGAAUCUCCAAAGUCAGUCACUGUAGCAGCCAGGACUACAGCGAGGAUGUCCAUUUCAGAAGGCUGUACACUGUAAACGUGAUCUUUCGGAUUUUGGCAGAGGUGGGCUCUUUGGUGGGCCAGUGGCAGCUGUACGGCUUCAAGGUGGAGGCUCAGUUCCCGUGUAGCCGCUUCCCUUGCCCCUACACAGUGGACUGCUUCACCUCCCGUCCUGCAGAGAAAACCAUCUUCCUUUGCUUCUACUUCAUUGUAGGGGUGAUCUCAGCCAUUUCCAGCUGCAUAGAGCUCUUCUACAGCUCCACAAAGUGGUUUUGCUGUGGCAGGGAGCCUCCCAGUCUGGAACACUCCUGCACCUGCCAGAAUCUCCACAACUUUGAGCAAGAGGGGUCCAAUGAGACGCUAGAGGGAAAGCUGUCCUCAGAAAGUGUCCCCGGCAGUGUGAAGCUGAAGGGAAGGGCGUUGAGGAACAGCAGGAAGGUCUCCAGUGUUGGUCACAAAAAACACAAGGGUGGUAAAUAUGUGAGCACCAAGACACUUGUGGUGUAACAGUUUUUCCAUUUUCCUGUGAAAGUAGCAUAUUUUUAAACUCCUGAAAACCCUUUCAACUUGAAACUGUUGGUCAUUUGUGGAGAUUAGACGGAAGACAUGAAGGAAAUGCUUCUAGCAAGACCAGGAAAUGAGCAAAAACAAGAUAUGGAGGGGUUGUCUUGUUGGUCUGAUGGCUCCUUUCAGACAAUAAACAGAUAAGGAGAAAAGUCCUCAGGAAUAUCCCUUCAUCAGGGAUCACACCUAUCCCAAUGGAUAAAUCCAGCCUAAAAGUGUUAUUUAUGUUAUUAAUGAAAGUACAGUUCUCAUUUAGCUGAAAUUAAUUUCCAUUAAGGAAAAUUAGUUUAACGUUUUCACACAGAUGGUGCUUUUAUGUCCCAGAGUGACUUAGCCUAGCUUGCUUAGCAUAGCACAGACUGAAAUGCUGCACCUCACUGUUCCACUCACUGAGCCAUUUGUUCUUUUAAAACGUAUUUAGACCUUUUUUGGUCAUUCAGUUUAAAUUUGAGACUUGAUUCAGGUAAUAAGCACUGGGAGGUGAAAGAUUAACAUUAGCUAGAAAUGCUGCAUGAAGGUUUAAAGAUCAUCAUUGGUACAUUUUAGAAGUGGGCAUGUGCAUUAAACUUCUACCCUUUAUAUUUUAUCAUUUAAAGUAUCUAAUAAUAUAAAACUGAGACGAUAAAAGAUGUAGGCCUUUUGUUCUUAGUCUUGACAUUAACAUAUAUCAGAUUUUGUUUUCAUUGAUAAAAUGAACUCCGUAACUGUGUGAAAUCGUUCUAAAUGUCCACGCUGUGAAGAUACUGUCUGGUUGUUUAGGGAAUUGUACGUGAUGGAUCUCAUACGGAGCAGGAAUUUGGUUUGAAAAUGUUUAAUUGGAGGUUUUUGCAUUUAACUUGAUGUUUACACAUUUCAACAAUGACAACAACAUUCUUGCAUUAUUUUGUGCAUGAAGUUAAAACACAGCUGCUUUGUUUCAUCCUGUGGACAAUUCCAUUUUCCUGUUUUUUGUUUGAUGUUCAAAUUAUUAAACCAGCUUGUUUUCUUUUA